UUGUAUAUUACAUUUGGCAUUACGCAUACGCCCCAUUGGCGAUGCAGCAGUUAGCGUAUCACUAUUUGCUUAAUGCUUCCGAAAAUAGAAUCUUAAUUACACUCGCCAACUGCAAUUGGCAAAAUGAUUGUCUCCCCGCUGCUGGGGAUCGAUUUAUCGAUUUUUACUUAAGGCGGGGAUAGCGCCAAUGUCCUGUCUUCUGAAUUAUUCAAGCGAAUGUUUAAAGCUCGUUACGUCAUUCGAAGUCCAAGUCCAAGAUAAAAUGACGACAAAAUCGAAAGGGGAAAAAAAUAAGUUGGCAGUUUUAUGUAUGGUGCUUCUUUAUUUUAUAUUUUAACAAUUGUAAUUUAAUUUUCUUUUAAAUACGAAGGGGAAAAAUGGUAUUCAGUAUGAAAAACAUUAAUCCGCUUCUAAAAACUGCAAGAACUGCAAAAAUUCGUUUAAUUCAAUAUAUAAAGCAAACACACGCAGCAUAGCCAUUUUUGUAACCUGUUCCCAUUCCCCCGAUGCAAUUGUUUUAAAUGUCGAACAUUUCGCAUAAAAAGGAGAACCCCGAAACCAAUCAAUAUCUGCAGCUCUUUCCAAUCUGUUUGAGUGUCGAUUCAGUGCCACAAAAUUACAAAAACCUGAAGUGGAUUCACGGCAGAGAAGGGGUCGCGAAUAAUUUGAUUUAGCUAUUGUGUGCUUCAACCAUAAAAACUGAGAACCAUAUCGCUAUUCUACACAUUCAGCGCCAUAACGAAAUGACUGCGAUAAUCGUUAUGGGUUUUUAAAUAUUUUUUAUUUGGGUCGAGCAGCUUUCAGUGAAUGCUCAGUUAAUUUAGUUAUAAUCCAAUGAUUGACCUCAGCAUAUCUACCACAUUAUUUGUUACGCUUUGCUUGAUUACAAUGGGAUCAAAGGCGAAAGUAAGGUGUUGUUUACCAUUUUAGAUUGAAUCAAUGUACAAUAUUAUUUUUUAGGAGCAGAAAAUGAAAGCCGUGUGCUUAGGCUUGGAACUAAAAUACAAUAGAACAAUGGUGGAAUACUUUGGUUUGGUUCCAGGACAAUCCCAGAUGAUGAUGAUAAACUCGACGAAGCUGUUUAAAAACAUGUUUUUGGACAGCCGAAUUGAGAACGCAAACUCAAACAGAACUAUUUAUAAUAUCAAAAACUUAUCCAUUUGUGGCUUUUUAAAUAAUCGCUUGAUGUCUAAGGUUUUUUCGGCGAUCUAUGAAGGAUUUGUUGGUAAUUCCACGGUUUUUAGAUGCCCAGUCCAGCCAGGUGUAUACUACCUAAGCAAUAGUGUCAGAGAAGUCGAGGUGCCCAUGAUUCAUCCACCUGGAAUGUUUCGGUUGACUGUCAGACUAAAGGCUGAAAAGGAUGGCAAUUUGCUCACAGAGCUCAUCUGGCGUUAUCGUGUUAGGCGCAUAUGAA